AUGUCCUUCACCAAGACAGAGCACGACGUUGACGAGAGGGCCUCCGCCGGCGUCGUCGAGCCCAUCGAGGCGAUCGACCAUCAGGCCGAGGCCAAAUUGGUGAAGAAGAUUGACAGGCAUACUGUCCCCAUGGUCAUGAUCGCCUACCUCCUUUGUUUCCUUGAUCGAACAAACAUUGGAAAUGCCCGCUUGUUCGGCCUCGAAAGAGAUCUCGGCCUCCACGGAAAUAUGUACCAGAUCGCUGUUGCCAUCAUGUUUGUCCCUUACGUCUUGAUCGAAGUCCCGUCCAACCUUGUCCUAAAGAAGUUUACCCCUUCCAAGUGGUUGGCUUUGAUAACGGUCCUGUGGGGCAUCGUCUCGACCCUGACCGGCGUAGUUCAAAACUACGCCGGCCUUAUUGCUUGCCGUCUACUUCUCGGCUUGCUCGAGGGAGGUCUUCUUCCUGGCCUGACCGUCUACCUUACCCUCUUCUACACCAAGAAGGAGCUUGCUCUUCGUAUUGGUUACCUCUUUGUUAGCUCCGCUCUAGCUGGUGCUUGCGGUGGCCUGCUCGCCUAUGGAAUCGGCUUCAUGGACGGUGUUGCCGGCCAGUCUGGGUGGCGCUGGGUCUUUAUCAUCGAAGGUGCCCCAACCGUUCUUUUCGGCGUGGCCAUCUACUACCUGCUUGCUGACGAGCCCGGAACGGCUUGGUAUCUGACACCAGAAGAGAGGAGUCUCUGCCGGGCUCGAUUGCAACGACAGACGGGAUUCCAUGAAGAGUUCAACAAGGAAGAUGCCAUUCUGGCUGCCAAGGACUGGAAGACUUGGGCAUUUGCUGCCGGCCAGUUCACUGUCAAUGCGAUGCUCUACAGUUACUCCAUCUUUCUUCCUACCAUCAUCAAGGGCCUUGGACAAUGGACGUCUCCUCAGGCGCAGGCUCUCACCGUACCUUGCUAUGCGCUGGGUGCCAUCAGCUACUUGGUUGUGGCCAAGUUCUCCGACUCCCACCAGAACAGAGGCUUUUAUCAGGUCUCAUCUCUUGUCAUUUGCAUUGUCGGCUAUGGCAUUUCAAUGGCUUCAGUGUCUGCCCCGGUUCAUUAUUUUGCCACCUUCCUGAUUGCCUUUGGGCUCUUCGUCGCUGUGGGCAUCCCGCUCGCUUGGCUUCCCUCGAACAAUCCGCGAUAUGGUAAGCGAACAACAGCUUCUGGAAUCCAGAUCUGCGUGUGCAACUGCUCUGGCAUUCUUGCGCCAUUUCUCUACCCGACCUCUGAUGCUCCUCGAUACAUUAUGGGAUAUUCUGUGAUGAUCGGCCUCUUGAGCCUUGCUGUGUUCAUUUAUGGUGGCCUCUCGCUGCAUUAUAGGCAUGUCAACAAGCGCCGGCUUGCAGGCAAGGAAGACCAUCUGAUUAGCGGCAAGUCUGAUGCCGAGGUAGAGGCGCUUGGAGACCGAAGCCCUAGGUUCAUGUACACUAUUUAA